CAUCAGUUAAACCGUUCUAAUUCGUAACCCCGGUUAGUCCAAUUCUAGUCAUAUGCAUACAGUUGAUGACAAAUAUUUACACAGGCUACACAUGUACUGAACACUGCACAAUGCACUGACACAAUUAUAUAUAAAUAACGGAAUAUUUGAUGAGUUUAUUAUAAAAUUAAACGUAUAAAUAUCUACAUACAUAUUGUGUUUUUGCCGGAACGUGUAUUAUCGAUCUACAGCAAGGAAUCCUUCCUGGAGUUAAAAAAAUAUUAUCGAGCUGCGAACCAGAGAAGAAUGUUGAAUUCAGUUAUAUCAACAGUGAAUAUCCAGACAGUUCUAGUUGGUGUAGUAGUUGUACUUAUUGUAUACAAACUCAGACAAAGAUGGAAGUAUAAUCUCCCUCCAGGACCAUUUUGCUGGCCUCUGAUUGGAAGUUAUGAAGUUAUCCAAGCCAAAUUUCUACAUGAAAUAUUUGUAAAAUAUGUGAAAAAGUAUGGACCAGUGUUUACUGUUAGUGCAGGAUCUGAUCAUAUGGUUGUUUUAAACGAUAUCAAAAGCGUCACAGAAGCAUUGGUCAAAAGCAAAGCUGAUUUUGCUGACAGACCAUUCUAUCAUUCAGAUCACAUGUUAACGGAGGGAAGUAAAGAUAUAGUUUUUGCUAAAUAUACACCAACAUGGAAACUGCACAGAAAAAUUGCUGUAAAGGCAUUAAGGCAGUAUAUGGCAGGAAACCGUUUAGAGGAAAUUUUACAUGCUUCAAUGAAAUUAUGUUUACCUUUAAUGGCAAAAGAAAAUGGAGCAUUUAACCCAGAAAAUUACAUAGAUUUAAUGGUGUUCAAUAUUCUUAAUGGUGUGUGUUUCGGCAAAAGUGUUGAAGUAGAUGAUCCAGAUUUUAUGAAGUUUAUGAAACUUAGCAAGAAAAUAAAUGAAAUCUCAGGAAAUGGUUUUUUUGAAGAUAUGUUCCCCAUCAUGUUUAAAAUAUGGACAACUUAUAAGUACAGAACAACCAACAACAUGAAUAAUGAGCUCAUCUCUAUCAUCAAAAGAAAAUUCGAAGAACAUGAAGAAACGUUUGAUUUAGACAAUAUCAGAGAUUUUACUGAUUCCUUGAUAUUGGCAAGAAAAGAAGCAGAACAAGAAGAGAACGAGGAAAUAUUAUCCAAGCUAUCUGACACACAUCUUAGACAAACUUUAAAAGAUAUUUUUACUGCUGGUAUCGAAACAUCGACAGUAACAUUACGCUUUGCGGUACGUUACAUGGCUGGGUUACCAGAUAUCCAGAGUAAAGUUCAGGAAGAAAUAGACAGAGUUGUUGGAAAAGACAGACUACCAACUGUUAAAGACAGAGAAAAUCUCAGCUAUACAGAAGCUACAUUACAUGAAGUCAUGAGACUUGGUACAGCUGUUCCAUUAGGUAUUCCCCAUAGUACACGUUGUGACACACGAGUUGGCGGGUAUGAUGUUCCAAAGGAUACAACGGUUGUGAUUAAUCACUGGGCACUUCACAAUGAUCCUAACCAAUGGAAAGACGUGAAUAAAUUUGAUCCGACACGCUUCCUGGACGAAAAUGGAAAACUUGGUAAGAAACAAGACAGCUGGUUACCAUUUUCAGCAGGCAGACGUGGAUGUUUAGGGGAAUCUGUUGCUAAACCAGAACUUCAUCUGAUUUUUGCAACAAUUAUGCAGAAGUUCAAGAUAACCUUACCUGAAGGAACCAAUCCUGAAAUAGAACUAGCUGGAUCUGGUUUCGUUGCAAUUCCUGCUCCGUAUACAGUCAUUCUUAAAGAAAGAAAUGUUUUAUAAACUCUCUUGACAUUGAAUGUUUUUUUUCUGAACAAUUUCUAUACUUUUAGAAAAAAAUAUAGACAACGCUUUCAUGUCGAUCCGGCCCCACGUCGAUCCGCCCCAUAUUUAAAGUCGAUCCGGCCCCAAUAAAAAAUAUAUUUAUAAGGAAUAAAAAUAAAGAUAUAUAUUAAUUGUAAUUCAUUUAUGUUUAUGAAUUUUAUUAUAAUGUAAAAGGUGAACGGUAAAAAAACGACCGGAUACCUCCCAGUUUAAAAUAAUUUAAUUGAACUAUUUAGAUUUGUUUUAUUUCAUACUUUAAAUAUGUUUUUGUUUAAGUGUUGCUAAGAUAGUUACAAAGUACUAGGCUUUUGAUUUGAUACGCCAUACGCGCGUUUCGUCUACAUAAAGACACAUCAGUGACGCUCAGAUUAAAAUAUUUAAAUCUAUGCCCUGGAUAAGAAUAUCCUUAGUAUUUUGGAUAAUUCGUAUAUACAAAAUUAAGUCCUGAUAUAUAUGAUGAGUUUAUUUACAACCACUGGGUCGAUGCCACUGCUGUUGAGAUUCAUUUCCCCGAGGGUAUCACCAGUCCAGUAGUCAGCACUUUUUGUGCUGACAUGAAUUAUCAUUGAUAUGGUUAUAUAGAUACAUAAACUGUUUACGGAAUUUAGAAUUUUUGAAAUACUAAGGCUUUUUUUACCUCGGGGUUAGAUUACCUUAGCUGGAUUUGGCAACCCGUUUAGGAAUUUUGGUCCUCAAUGCUCUUCAACUUCGUACUUCAUUUGGCCUUUUUAACUUUUUUGGAUUAGAGCGUCACUGAUAAGUCUUUUGUAGACGAAACGCGCGUCGGGCGUAUAUAAAAAAUUUAGUCCUGAUAACUAUGAUGAGUAUUUGCAAACAUAAUUUUUUUAAAUGACCAUAUAGUUGAAAUUCGUGUCAACAUCGAAGUGCUGACUAUUUGGUUGGUUAUACCCUCAUAACGAACGAACACCAGCAGUGGUAUCGACCCAGUGGUGUUAUCACAGGUACUAGACUCAUAAUUUGAUACACCAGACACGCGUUUCGUCUGCAUAAGACUCAUCAGUGACGCUCAUAUCAAAAAUAUUUUAAAGGCCAAACAAGUAUAAAGUUGGAAAGCAAUUACCUCAUCUACUGAUCAAUACCAUGGUAUCUGUACCUGAUCAAAUAUUUGCAUCAUUGAUUUUAUAUUAUAAUUAUUAAGAUACUUUCAUCUUUAUUUUAUCAUUUAAUAUCAAACACAACUGAUAUACUGAAACUACAUUUUAUGUAAUAAAAAGAAUUAAGCGUCAGAUAUAAUGAGAAUUAAAUGAUUUUGAAAUGUAUUUAUUAUAUUUUUCGUACAUAAAUGACAGUGCAUCAUAUAAGCAUCUACAGGCUGGUUGGUAUACAUGUAUCUAUACAUAUAUAUUGACUGCAUAUUUUUUUAAAUUGUAAUAUAUUGUACAUUUAUUUCAUGUACAUGUAGCAAGUUGCACUUUAAAAUAUUAUUUUUUUAUCUAUCAAUACUUUAUUAAAAGAAAUUAUCGCCUAUAGAAAUAACUUUUUAGGCAACAGUAGUAAACUCCUGUUAAAAGUCAUAAAUCAGGGUGUUAUUGAUUUAUUUUUUAAACUAAAAUCGAGGGAAAUGCAUCAACUAUGAGAGGACAAUAUUGGAACAACAGGAACCCUGAACUGCACAAAACAAAACCCAACAACACCUAAACACCUGAAUACAUAGAAACGAACUACUUGAAUUAGAUAACAACUAUCAUAUCCUGACUUGGUACAGGACACAUUAAGAAUAAUUGAUGGGUUAAACCUGGUUCUAAGGCUUACCGAUCAAAUGAAAUAUUUACAUGUAUUUUUCAUGUGUUUUUUUAUCAAAAACAAAACAAAUUACGAGAUAUUUUUCAGAGCUGUCGUAAGUCUCCAAUCGAUGUAAGAUGUUUUUUACCAGAAAAUGUUUUACUAUAUGCAAAAUGUUUUACUAUACGCACUACACAUAGCAUUGUCGUGGCCUUUUUUUAUUGUUAUUUUAAAAUAAGUUUAUGAGUAUGAUUUCGUGCAUUUUUUUCUUUUCUAUUUCUGACGGAACUUCAUGUAUUUAAAGUCCCAUCUGUGACUUUAAAUGACUAAUUAUAAUACGAGCACAGUUCCUAUUCCUUAUGCUUUAGUCUCCUUUCUCACUUGACAUUAGAUUAUACAUUUUAUACAC